AUGACAAGCCAAGAGGAUCCAUAUAAAUUGCUAACGCAAUAUAUGAAAGCAUUGAAUAAACCUUUAGAAACAUUAAUGAAAAAUCAUGAUGAAUUUGUAUUACAAAAUGUACAAAUUAUGAAUAAUAUAAAUUCCUUGCCAAAAUUUAAUCUGGACUUGCAAGAAGAAUUGAAGAACACGAAAGGACAAUAA